AAUUAGGAAGGAAAAAACGAAAUCGAACCCUACGGUCUUUUCCUCGCUCUUCGCCGUGUUUUUAGUGUGUCUCAAACCCCUCCAAGCAAGCUUCUCGGUUUUCCGACCGUCGUGACUAAUUCCUUUCUGGUCGGUAACAAAAUCAAGUUAUGGAGUUGUUACGUGGAAUUGAUCGCGCCGACAUACAAGUGUCACAGUCUUAGAACCGAACCUGGUAACUGUGUCUUCUCGUAAACGACGGGUGUGCACUGUGAUGAUUCUGAAACAGCUGAAACAACUUACAUUGUCUGCUACACGCAGGAAUGCUGAUGUUUUGCGGCUUGCAAAGUUCUAUAGCUCUCCUGCUGUUUGCCAAACUUUAAAAACCUCUAAAGCUUACAAAAGACUAUCAAAAGAUGAUCGGCGAGCUGCGGUUGAGUCUUUUGUCAGCAACUACAGAGCAGCUAAUGCUGGUAGAUUCCCUUCGUUGAGUGCUACUCACAAGGAAGUGGGAGGCGGUUAUUACUUUGUCAGGAAAAUCUUUCAGGAGCUAAAACUGAAACCAGAAGCAUUUUUGCCAAUCGUAGCUAAAGCCCUCUCAGACGUACCUGCUUCUGUACCAGAUGAUGCUUCCUCACAGACUUUAAAUGACCCUCAGUCGCAUAGUUCUGCUUGCAAUGCAAAACAUUUAUCUCCUGUGGUUGUUCAAGCUGGCAGACCUGAUACGAUUGAGAUAGGAAGUGAUCAGGCGCAGGCUACAAUAGAUUCUUCUCACCCUAAUUCUCAUGAGCCUAAUCUUCUGGAUAAAAAUCUUGUCAGUACUGCAACGAAUGAUAAACAAGAAACACAGACAGCUUCCAACGAUGAGGUUGACAGAAAAUACGACAGCAAUCUUGUCAUUACUGCAACACAUGACAAAACAGAAACAGAGACAGAUCCUAACAAUGAAGUUGACAGUAAAUGCGAUAGCCAUACUCAUUUUCCGGAAAGUAAGGCGAUAGUAUUAGAGGAAUCUUCAAAAACCUCAGAGACUGAUGAAAAGGAAAAUUUGACGCGCUUAGGUAGUCAAGAGUCAAAAGCAGACCAUCAUGAAGGAGCUGCCGUUUCAGGAAAUGUUUUGCCUACUGAGACCAGACAAGUUUCAGAGAAAGGGGCUGGUGGGGUGAAAACAGGAGAAAAUUCAAGCGCUUGGAGCAAUAUGAUGUCAAUUGCCAGAGAGUUUGCUAACUUUUGGAGAACACGGUAGAUUUAGCCUAGGAGGUGUAAAAGCUGCUUUAGUGCGGAAGCUUUUUAGAUCUCACUUGUGUGUUUGACCAUUUUGUAGAGGCUAUGUUUUGUGGUUGGUCAUGAUUUUGUGCAAAAAGUUUGGAAAUCUCUCAAGCUGAGAACAUGGUAAAAUUUUGUGCAAAAAGUUUGGAAUCUCCUAAGAUGUCUAACAUAUGGUAUAUGGUAAAUAUAAUAUAAACAACCA